CAACUAAAAAAUAUAAUUUUUACAGUCAGCACUGGAAGAACAACUGUUUCAGCUAUCAUUUAUAAUAAUUUUUCAUAAAUAUUUUUCGAUUUGCUUCACCUUCACUGAGUUUCGAGGCAGUAUCACUUGGUAUUCCGUUUCACGGUCACUCAUAAUCGUUGAUUCACUUUAAUUAUUAAAUAUUUUAUUAGACCAUUCUGCUUUAUUUUAUUAGAAGAGAGUAAAUUACAACAAAAAGUAAUUAACUUGCUAUAGCAUACGUAUUACAAACUAUUUACAAUUUUACAAAAUGGGAAGUCUUAGUAGUGAUAGCAACGAUAACGACAUAGUGUUUGAAAGUUCAAUUGCAACCGAAUCGAAUAUUAAUUUAUCGAGUUCAAUCAGUGAUACCGACAGUUUUAUCAGGAGAUUACAUACCUCUUUUUCUGAUCAUGCAGAACUGCAAUCAGUAUAUAACUCUUCAGAUAAUGCACAAGAUAAUUACAUGCAAAGGUGUAUUUCAAAUAGCUUAACUAGAUCUAGUAACCCAGCUGCACUGUCAAAUACAACAUCAAAUUGUAAUCAGAAUGUUAAAUUAAAUUCAGAAGGUCAAGUGAAUGACAUCUAUAUUGAUGACACUGAAUCAGUUUCAGAAAAUAUGGAAAUUGGUCGGAUUUCACACGAACAUGGAGAUUAUUUUGAUGAAAGCAGUGACGAAGAAGAUUUUAUUAAUAUAACAGUUGAUAUAAACGAGCCCGCUAAGAGAAAAAAAAUAAAAUUAGAUGAAAUUAUUAAUGAUAAAGAUAGUAACGACUGUAUUAAUUCACAUGUAAACAUUAGUAAAAUAGAAAUUAUGUUAGCUGUAAUGACAUUUUGCACCCAAUAUCAUGUACCAACAAAGGGAAUAAUUGAUUUGUUCAAAAUGCUAAAUAUGUUUUUAAAUAAGGAUAUUUUUCCUGACAAUUAUUAUCAAAUUCAUAGUAUCUUCAGUCCAAAAGGCUGUAAGGAGUAUCACGCUAUUUGUUCUCUAUGUCAGGUCUAUCUCGGAACGUUUACUAAACAACAGCGAACAAUAUUUUGUGAGGCAUGUGAUAAAUACAUUAACUUGAAAGAUCCUUCGUACAGUAACUAUUUCGUUCUUCUUGAUGUAGAAAGUGAACUACGAUGUCAUAUCGAAAGUAAUAAGGACUUUUAUAGCGAAAUUGUUUCCCGACGAAACAAGGAAUUCAAUUAUGAAAAUGGAUUUGAAGUGCAACUGCAUAAUGAAACAAGAAAGUUAUAUGUAUAUGCAUUGUGCUGUUGUGUGGAUUCCGUCGCACGAGCACCGAUGCAAGGUUUGGUUCAGUUUAACGGUUAUUACGGAUGUAAUUGGUGCUUGCAUCCCGGUUCGUUGAUUCGUCAUGAUACUGGUUAUUCUAUGAAAUAUCCUAUACUAGAUGAAUUUCCUGAAAGACGAACGGCAGAUGCUACAUUUAUAUUAAUGCAGAGAUCGGUUGAAUCAAAUACUCCCCAGUUUGGUGUAAAGAAUGUUAGUCCCUUGCUGCUUUUAUAUCCUUUCAAUAUAAUUGACGGAUUCGUUCCAUGUUCAUUGCACUGUGUUGAUCGAGGCCUCGGCAAUCAAUUUACUAAUUAUUGGUUAAAUUCUUCAAAUAAACCUUAUUCAAUUCCUAAAAAUAAAAUAAAAGACAUUGAUCAACUAUUGAAUAAUAUCAAAGUGCCUACACAAUUAACUCGAUUGUCACGUUCGUUACGUGAUCGAGCUUACUGGAAAGCAAUAGAGUGGCGUAAUUGGAUUCUAUAUUACAGCGUACCAGUAUUAAAAUAUAUAUCUGAAGAAAUUCCAGCGUUUGAGGAGUAUAUGAAUCACUGGUCAUUGUUAGUAGAAGCCUAUUAUAUACUAUUGCAAACUAAAAUAACUGUAAUGGAAUUACAAAGAGCAGAUUUGCUUUUGAAAGAUUUCGUUUAUACUACAGAGAAGCUGUACACUGUUGAUGCAAUGACGUACAACGUACAUCAAUUAUUGCACUUAGCACAGAGUGUUGCAGACUGGGGUCCCUUAUACGCACAUAGCGGAUAUGUAUUUGAAUCAGGAAAUGGAAGAAUAAAAAAAACUAUUUAUGCAGCUAACGGUGUCUUGAGCCAAGUGUGUCGAUAUUUAUCUUUCGACGAAAGUAUCAGAAAAAUACGAAAACACAUAGAAAAGAAAAAAAAGUCACCUUGUUUAGAAUAUGUAAGGUAUUUAGAUAAUAAUGUUACUCAGAACAGUGUAAAAUUUGCAUACAGAUAUUUUGGACGAACCAAAGUCAAUGAAGAUAUUGUUAGGCAAUUACAACUUCCUGUAGAGAAAGUAAGAGCUUAUAAAAAAAUGGUAAAGAACGGAUGUCCAUUUAAAUCAUCUGAAAAAGUGUUAUACAGAUCAGACAAUUCCUUUGCGUCUUUAAAAAAUGGGGAUUAUAUAGAGAUUCAACAAUUUCUUGUAAACAUGGAAAAUGGACAAGAGUAUGUGACAUACAAAAAGAUUGAAGUGAUCGGUGAUGAUGUAAUCAGUAAUGAGUUACACUGUACGAAGCAAGUUAUAGGAAUAAAUCAAAACAUCGAAAUGACAUUUACAGAAAAUAUUGAUAAAACUUGUGUGUACUUAAAGUUUGAUAGCAACGAUUACAUUUCUAGCGUUUGUAAUAUGUAUUGGAAUUAA